AUGCGAGCGUGGGUCUUAGUUGCCGCAGUGUUCUGGUACCUCCCCCGAACUGGAUGGCAGCGUUUUUCCGAAGUCACUAAAAAAGGCUUCAUUUAUGGCAAGCCAGCGUACACAGUGAAGGUAUAUGUAGAAUUACAUCACAAUAGCCCAUUCCUUGUCUGUAUGGAUAUAAAACAUGCUAAAAAAGAAACAGUGGACCCCACCUACUCAUGGAUUGGGCCUAAUGAAAAACCAUUAAAAGGAAAUAAUCAAAUAAAUAUAACUCAAACAGGAAAGCUGAUGGUGAAAGAUUUUCCAGAGUCUUUGUCUGGACUCUACACGUGUACUUUUUCUUAUAAGAUCAUCAAAGCACAAACCCAAGUAGAAAAGACGGUAAAGCAGAGAUACGAGUUCAUGAUGUUUGCCUAUCGGGAACCUGAUUAUUCAUAUCAGAUGGCUGUACGUUAUACCACAAAAUCUUGUGUAGGAAGUUAUAACGACCUGUUUUUUAGAGAGCUGAAGAAGGUCCUGGAUAACUUAAUCUUUGAUUUGUCCUGCCAUGUCAUCGAAUCAUCAUAUAAAUGCCAUUUUGUGAAAGUUCCAGAACACGGCCUCAUAUAUGAGCUAUUUAUCGCUUUUCAAGUUAACCCUUUUGCAUCACAGUGGAAAAGUGCAUGCCAUGGCACUGCUGAUUGCGAAGAAGUGACUAAUCCUAAUAUCCUCCAGGCAAGAGACCGAAUAGCAGAAUUUUUCCGGAGGCAAGCAUAUCUUUUCUACCAUGAUCCUAAUAAAAUUCUCCCACUUAUACAUUUUGUGGACCACAGUUUUGAAAUGGCACGUAUAGACACCUGUCGUCCAGGCUUUGGGAAAAGCGAAGGUCUACAUAGUAACUGUGCUACGUGUUGCGUGGUGUGUAGUCCUGGGACUUUCAGUCCUGAUGCUAAUGUCACGUGUCAGACCUGCGCUUCCGCCUAUGCCUAUGGAGCUAAAUUGUGUCCGCAAACAUAAAGUGCAGCAUGAAGACCGGAGAUGUAGGUCACACAGUUUUGACUGAAGAGCUCUAAUUUAGGCUCCCGGAGCCUACCUAAUUUUUGUGGAAGAUUUCUGGAACAAGACUCACACAGAAGGAAAUCAAUCAACUUUCAAAUGCAGAGGAGAGACUAAAUUGAGGGUGAAAAUGUGUAUAUGCCUCCUUCUCCUUUCCCUGUGGCCCAGCUCUGUUUGAGCCUAAUAUUCGAUGGUUUUGAAAGCAUCUCCCAAGAUAUGUCUGCCCCAAAUGAUCGAAAACAAGUGAAGAGCGCAUCUGCGGUCUCCACGGAAAGACUCUCACCUUCUGAUUCCUGUCCUGGCUCCAUCGUUUUCCAAUAUGUCUUUGGCAAAGACCAUUUUCUCAUCCCUGCUGUGGGGAAACUAAUACCAGUCUCCACCUCUCUCAAAAUGUAAUUUUAU